AUGCAACAAUCAUUAGCGAUAAAAGGCUGCUGUGGAAAGUUGAACCUGCGGAUGGAGAUCAACGUGAAGACAGACAAUAUCCAGAGAGGUGAGGGAUCAGAGGUGUCUAUAAGCUCGUGCACCGACUCAGAGGAUACUCAUCUACAACCGGAAAAAAACCAGACUCCUGCCAAUGACGCAGUUGAACAUAUUACGUUAACUGGUCUCCAAGAACGUCUGGAGGUAGUAGAGAAGAACUGCAGUCAUUAUUUCGAACUAUACAAAAAAUACAGAUUGAGGUGGCUAGAAGAGAACCACCGAGCAGGAAUUCUAGAGAAAUACGCACCUCCCAAUGUGGACAGCUACAGUCCAGCCCAGAUAUAA